AUGACUGUCCUUAGCACCCUGGCGCCGGUGCCGGCCGACGAGAUCUUCGCCUUGAACCGUGCAUAUGCCAACGAUGACUACCCCCAAAAGGUCAGCCUGGGUGUUGGUGUCUACCGCACCGACGAUGGCAAGCCAUGGCCUCUGCCAGUCGUUCGCGACGCUGAAAAGCGCCUGCUCGCCGACGACAACCUUUUCCGCCACGAAUACACCGCCAUUGAGGGCGACAUCCCUUUUCUCGAGCUGGCUCGGGAUCUGAUGUUCGGCUUCGAUGCGAAGGACACCUCCGAGCAGCUGAAGACCACCAAGGGCCGCAUUGGCUCUGUCCAGGCCGUCGCCGGUACGGGUGCCAACCACCUGGGUGCUCUCUUCCUGUCGCACCAAAUGAAGCCCAAGAAUGUCUGGCUUUCCAACCCCUCCUGGGCCAACCACCUCACCAUUUGGGAACUGGCCGGUGUCCCUCGCAAGACCUACCCCUACUACAACGCCGCGACUCGCUCUUUUGACUUCGACGGCAUGAUGUCCACUCUCGAAGAGGAAGCCCAAGAAGGAGAAAUCAUCCUCCUGCACGCCUGUGCGCACAACCCCACCGGUCUCGACCCCAACAAGGAGCAGUGGAAGGCUAUCGCCGACCUGUGCGAGCGUAAGAAGCUCUUCCCCUUCUUCGACUCCGCCUAUCAAGGGUUUGCCUCCGGAUCCGCCGACGAAGACGCCUGGGCUGUCCGCUACUUCCUCAACGAGAAGCCCUCGAUGGAGAUGUGCGUGGCGCAGAGUUUCUCCAAGAACUUCGGUCUCUACGGCCAGCGUGUCGGUGCCUUCCACUACGUUCUGCCCAACGGCUCCCAGGAGCUCCGCGACAUCGUCGUCAACAACCUUUGCCACCUCAUCCGAGGUGAAUACUCGAUGGGCCCCACCGCCGGCUGCAGCAUCGUCAAGAAGGUCCUGACGAACGAUGAGCUCACCGCUCAAUGGCACCAAGAUCUCACCGUCAUGAGCUCGCGGAUCAAGUCCAUGCGCAAGGCGCUCUACGACGAACUGGUUCGUCUCGAGACGCCGGGAACCUGGAAGCACAUCGUUGAGCAGAACGGAAUGUUCUCCUACACCGGCCUGACUCCUUCGCAAGUCUACGCCCUGAAGGACAAGUACCACAUCUACCUGCUCAAGUCCGGCCGAGCCUCCAUCAGCGGCUUGAGCGAGAAGAACGUCGCCUACGUUGCGCGCGCCAUCAACGAUGUUGUCCGCAACGUCAACUAA